AUGAAACUCAGCAUUGUCAAGGUUAUCCUCAUGGCAUCCGUAUCAUACAGCCAAGUUUUUGGUGCAAUGAUUCAUGUUUGCAAGAGUGAUAGAGGAAUUGUUCCAGCUGAAGGGUCUUUGACCAAUCAUGUCACCACAAAAGGAGUUAUACCACCUGAGGUUGAAGGCCCUGAAUGGACUUGUUCCAAGUGUCAGGAAUCAAGCUUUAACUGUGUUUGUCCGCCACCCUCGCCCCCCCAUCAAAAAUAG